AUGCCGCUGCCGGCGGAUGUGGCGACUUCACGGAGACGCAGGCGCCGGGCCCGUGAAGCAGAGGAGACUAGCUGCCGAUGCUGCGGGCUGUCCUGUACCAGAUCCCUGCUGCUUAUUGCGCUGGUUGCCACCGCGCUGCUGCUUGCCUUCAUCAUCUCUGAUAGGGAUGCCGCAGCUUUGAUGAACCUGUACCUGCAGUCAGAGUCAGAGGUUGCACAUAGCGCAGGCACCUUUCGCGCCAGCACGUCGGCAGCAGCGACCUGGAUGACCACGUCCGUCGUGCAGACGACUACGCCUGUCACACAGGCGACCACACCCGUCGCGCGGACGACCACACCCGGCGCACAGACGGUGCAGCCCACGCAGCCCGCACCCACGACUUCAGAAGAAGGGCCUGUCAUGCAGGUGACUGAUGGCUCUGGGCGCUUGGGCAACAACCUGGCCUUUGUCCUGCGCGGGCUGCUCUUCGCCAAGGUCACGAAGCACGCGGCGGUGAAGCUGAGUUUCAGCUCCAAGAGCCUAAAGGAGCUCUUCUCCGCCCAGGCGAUGUUACCCCUGACCACUUCCCUCGAGAGCAAGCUCUUCUGCCCAGAGAAGUCAGACAAGCGGCAGGAGGGCCGGCCCAUGUACAACUUCCAGGGCGAGAGGUGCAAGGGGGUCUCUGCCAAGGCCCGGAGUGACGGGCUGGAGCAUUUGCCUCAGCGCCGAGUUCCAGCUGGCCAAUCAGCGAGACGGCCGCUUCCGUCGCCACCUCCGCCGGUGCGCGCGGUUGGGCCGAUGGCGAUGGCGGCGGCGCCGUUGGCCGCGGCGGCGGAUUUGGUGCGCCAAGCGGAAGCGCUGCUGAUUUGCACGGGGGCCGGCAUGGGCGUGGACUCAGGCCUUGGCACCUUCAGGGGCCGCAAUGCCGGGGUUUGGCCGCCUUUGAAGGCGAUGUCCAUGGACUUCCAGGAGAUGUCCAGCCCCAGUUGGUUCGACAGCGACCCCAGGCUCGCCUGGGCAUUUUGGCGAUUUCGCCAUCAAGCCUACACGCAGGGCGCGCCCCACCAGGGCUACUCUUUGCUCUCGCAGUGGGGCAACGCCAUGAAGCACGGGCUCUUCUCGGUGACGUCCAACAUCGACGGCCAUUGGGAUCGCACGGAAGGCGUCGGCCCGGGCAAGGUCUACGAGUGCCACGGAGCCCUCACGCGGCUGCAGUGCGUGGAAGAUGACGGCAGCAUUUGGCCCACAGAGGCAGAGAAGGUGUCGGACAUCCAAGUGCCAGACUGGGACCUCCAGCCGGGGGAGGAGGUCCUGGCACGGCAGGACGGCCUGGAGGUCGUUGCGAAGGUGCAGGAGGACGGCGCCAGCCUGGCCGACGCGUCGGGCCGCGUGGUGCGGGCCAAGGCGCUGAAGCGAAGCGGCGGCGUGGAUCUGCUGCGCGCGCUGGAGGGCUCCCCGCUGCCGCGGUCUCACGGAGGCAAGCCUGCGCGGCCUAACGUCUUGAUGUUCGGCGACUAUGGCGUGAACUGCCGGAUCAUCCGGGAGCAGCGGGGCCGCUUCGAGGCGUGGCAGCGGCAGCUGCCGCCGGAGGCGAAGCUGGUGAUCGUGGAAGUGGGUGCCGGCAAGGCUGUGCCCACCAUUCGGUCCACCUCGGAGACGACGCUCAGGAAGUUUCCACAGGCCUCGCUUGUGCGCAUCAAUUGGGACGACAGUGACGUGAACGGGUACAUCGCGAGCCGCGCGGUGUCGGUGGGUGGCGUGGGCGCGCUGGACGCGCUCACGGAGAUCGACCGGCUGAUGAAAAGCUCGGAGCCGGCCAGCGAGUGCGGCCCCUGCUGCUCGAGUUGACGAGAAAAACGGCGUCAGACCUGCGAAAAUGGCGAGUAUGUUGACGUUCUUCCACCUGGUGCCUGUCCACCAGGAUGAAUAAACUGG